AUGCAGGCGCAGUUUCAAAUUGGGCGCUACGGCAUCAGUGAUGACCUAGUGCAGCACAUCAGGGGGGCGUGGCGCCUGCAUGAGAUCGUGCGUCUGCAGAUCUGUUCACCCUGGAAGGACAACAUGAAGGAGCUGGUGAAGAGGCUGGAGCUGAAGACAGGAGGGCUGGUGCUGGACAGGGCAGGGAGCCGCCUGCUGCUGUACCGUGGCUUCACAGACAUGGACCUCGCACGCAAGGGCAUCACGGACCCAUUCCAGUUCCAAGAGGAUCAGGAGGCCCGCAUGGAGCAGAACAACACUUUCGUCGAAUUUGCCGAGCCGUCAGAAAUUGAUGACGAUGAUUAUUAUGAUUCUGUCAAAGAUGACGACGACAACGGUGUUGAUGGCGUGGAUGACGAUGGCGAUGGGUAUGCAAUUGAAGAGGCAGGGGAGGGGGAGAGCCUGGAGGACGAAAUCCUCGGGGCCCAAGGGCGCGGCCAGGAACCCAUGAACGGAAAAACAGAAGGGUCGCGUGAAAAAAACGCGAGGGCGGUGGUGUACAGGAGUGAUGUGGAGGAGGAGAGGUCGAGGAGGGUGGGGGAUGUCAGGAUGGGGGCUGUGGCUUUUGGCACGGAGGUGGGGGACGAAAAGGCUGGAGGAAUGGGGAGAGAUGAUGCAGGAUCGGUGGUGCUGGGCAGGGAAUUGGACGAAGGGGAAGUGAGAGAGGUGGGGAGGGAAGGCGUGGGGCCCAUGGCUUUGGGCGGGGAGAUCGAAGACAGGCAGCGGGGCACCAGUGUGGGGAUUGUGGGCAGCGGCGCAGUGGGGCGUCGGCCAGGUGGGGAAGCGCAGAGCUCAUUGCGUGGGGUGGGCCCAGGCCCCAAGAGAGACGCUGGAAGAAGAGGUGCGGAGAGGUACCAGAGGGGGGCAGAGGGGCACGGAAAGAGCUGGGAAAGGAACAGGAGAGAUGCUGCGAUGAGCAGAGCAGGUGACAGCGCAGCAGUUACGGGGAGACUGUGGAGAGAUGCGAAACGACGCAACGAUGAUGAUGAUGACGACGAUGAUUGUGAUGAAUCUGCUGGGCCCCUGGGCCCGCUGGAUAAUGAAGCGGCAGGUGGGAUGGGCGCCGGGCCGCGAGCUGCGGCGAUGGGGGAACGGGUGAGCGAUUCCGGCGCUUUUGGAGAUGACGAGGCGGGUGGCCUCGAGGAGCUCAGCGAGUUGGACAUUUCGGCUGCGGCGCGGAACAGGCCUGGCCGCACUGCCAGUUCGGCACGCUCCAGGCGACGAUGA